GGAGGACAGCAAUCAGCCAUCACUGAUGACAUCCAGCAUACACAUCCUGCAUCUCACCCUCGAACACUAGAAACCAUGAAGGACUGGCGGUGGAUACCUCUCCAAAGAGUAAUCUGUCCCUCACCAGACUACCCACCCUCUAAGAUGUCCCACUCCACUAUCACUGAAGACGGAGGCACCUUCGAGCACCUGUGGAGCUCCCUGGAGCCAGACAGCACCUACUAUACCCCAGGAAGCCAGCCAGGUGAGCGCCCAGUGCCUUCCACCAGCACCCCGGGGGGCCACCGCAGUGCUGCAGAGGUCUCUAUGGACGUUUAUCAAAUGAGGGACAUGAACGAAAACGUGAUGUCCCAAUACAACUUGCUGAGCAGCAGCAUGGAGAGCCUGGGGAGCCGUGCGACGUCCGCCAGCCCCUACAGCUCGGAGAACGCCUCCUCGUCGGCCGUGCCCACCCCCUCACCCUACUCGCAGCCCAACUCAACCUUUGAGGGCCUGUCACCUGCCCCGGCCAUCCCCUCCAACACCGACUAUCCUGGACUGCAUACAUUCCAGGUGUCCUUCCAGCAGUCUAGCACCGCCAAGUCUGCCACAUGGACCUACUCUCCCUUGCUGAAGAAGCUCUACUGUCAGAUUGCCAAGACCUGUCCAAUCCAAAUCAAGCUGUCCUCCUCUCCUCCUCAUGGCAGCAUCAUCAGAGCCAUGCCUGUCUACAAGAAGGCGGAGCACGUCACAGAGGUGGUCAAACGCUGCCCCAACCACGAACUAGGACGAGACUUCAACGAUGGUCAAGCAGCCCCGGCCAGUCACCUGAUCCGAGUGGAGGGGAACAACCUCUCUCAAUACGUGGAUGAUCCUGUCACUGGCCGGCAGAGUGUCUGCUUGCCGUAUGAAUCUCCACAGGUGGGGACUGAGUUUACCACCAUCCUGUAUAACUUCAUGUGCAACAGCAGCUGUGUGGGCGGCAUGAAUAGAAGACCCAUCCUCAUCAUCAUCACUUUAGAAACCAGGGAGGGUCAAGUGUUGGGCAGAAGGUCGUUUGAAGGUCGGAUAUGUGCGUGUCCUGGCCGAGACCGCAAAGCAGACGAGGACCACUUCAGGGAACAACAGGCGCUGCAUGAGAAUGUGGCCAAAAAUGGCAGUGCCAACAAGCGCAACUUCAAACAGAGUCCUCCAAAUAUUCCCAGUCCAAAUAUUAACAUGAGGAAGAGGCGGCAUGGAGAAGAAGAGAUUUACUAUAUUCCCGUCCGUGGUCGGGAUAACUUUGAGCUGCUGAUGAAGAUUAAAGACAGUUUGGAGCUGGUGGAGCUGGUGCCGCAGACACUGGUGGACUCCUACAGACAACAAACACAGCAGCAACUUCUGCAGAGACCGAGCCAUGUAGCAUCCCCCUCCCCUUACUCUCCCAUGUCCAACAUGAACAAACAAAAUAUCCACGGAGGCCUCAACAAGGUCCCCUCUGUCAACCAGCUGGUGGGGCAGCAGCCCCAGCAACACCAUACUGCCCCCAACUCCCUAGCGCACAUGGGUUCAAACAUGCUCAACAGCCACCACAUGCAGGGAAAUGGUGAAAUGAAUGGUGGACACAGCAGUCAGACAAUAUUGUCUGCCUCCCACUGCAGCCCGCCCCCUCCGUAUAACCCUGACCCCAGCCUUGUCAGUUUUCUAACCAGUCUGGGCUGUCAGAACUGCAUUGAGUACUUCACCUCCCAAGGCCUCCAAUCUAUCUACCAUCUCCAGACUCUCUCCAUGGAGGAUUUAGGUGCACUGAAGAUACCGGAGCAGUUCCGCCUUGCCAUCUGGCGCGGUCUGCAGGACAUGAAACAAGUUGCUCCCCUCCAAAUUCCUGCAUCCACUCAUCACCAUGACUACCAUGGCCAGCAAAUUCUUCGCUCCAGCAGCAACAUGACUGCAUCUGCCAUGGCGACCAUUGGGGUUGCCAGCGGGGAACACCAACGGCAGCGCGUCAUGGAGGCUGUGCACUUUCGUGUCCGCCACACCAUCACCAUCCCCAACAGGUCGGGUGUCGUUGGGACAUCAGGGAUGACGGCGGUUAAUGAUGAGUGGGCUGACUUUGGUUUCGACAUGCCCGACUGCAAGCUGUCGCGUAGUAGUAGGCACUCCAUCAAAGAGGAGUUCAUGGAAAGUGAUGUUCACUGAGCCUGAAGAGAAUGUCUGGAUCCAAUAUGGUGGCCAGCAUCUGCCGCGUUACAAAGUAAAGGCAUGUUUCUAGACUUGUGCUUUUUACAUGUUGCUGGCAGAUUUCAGCGAGUGAUAUGGCGGAGAAUCAAGUUCCAUUUCGAUCGUCCGACAUUUCAGUGGGUUUCAUGCACUUUCAUGUGCAGUCUUCAUUUUGUGCUUGAACAGUUGUUCCACCCAGAGAUUUGAACAUAAGAUGACCCAAAAGGACAUCUCAAAUCUAAAUAGCAGAUACCACUGUGGUAAUAGCAUUAUCGGGACAAUGCUAAACACAUACGGGCUGGACUAUACUUUUUGAGACUCUGACAAGUGUCUGUUAAUAAAUGUUGUUUUUUCUCUUCUGGAAAACGUAAUGUUGAUUAGUUGCACAUCUUUUUUUUUAUUAGCAUCUAGUACAUUCAUAGUGAACAUAAAUCGUAGCAAUUUCUCAAUUGCACAAAUGUCACAGUCGACGAAUCACAGACUCCCAAUUUGCUAGUUUGAAUGUUGUGUUUGAAUACAGAAAAUGAAUUCUCAGCAGACUUAUUUAUUGUUAUUUCUGUUUUCCUUCACUGUACAAAUGUAUAUACUGUAUCUUGUAAAUGUUUUAGACUAGAUGUGGUUGAAAAGGGGUAUUUUGAUUCACAAUAGUUUAUCUCCUGUUUGAAGCCAAUGUAAAGAACUGAAUGGUAAAUCUUGUAAAAACUCAUAUUUUUAAUGGCUAUGAUAGUUUAAUGGCCUUUAGUCAAGUAUGCUCUUAUCAUUUCAUUGUUUAAGGGGCUUUGGUAUUAAUAAUGUGUAUUCAUGAAAAAGAAUGAAAAUCACAGUCAACACUUAAUAUAAAAGUUGGACUUUGCAUCCAUUACUUUUUAUAAAGUCAUAGGCGAUACUGUCAUUCUUGCAUAGAAACACAUUGCAAAACACUUGAGAAAAACUAUCAAAAACAGUAUUAUAUCUUUAUAGCAGGGCUUUAAUCGGUAUGUCGAAGAAUACAUUAAGAAUAGCAUCCCUGUUUACCAAGAAACUAACAAGACUGUAGCAUUUGUGUCCUUCUUUGUGUAUUUUGAUAAACCUUGCAGGGCAAGGUCCUCAUAUAUCGAUUAGCUAGUUGUGAACCUAGUAUGUACCUUCAUGGCACUUGUUUGUGGAUAUUUAAUAGCAACAUUCCAGUUUCAUUUCUUAAUUGCCAUCAAGCAUGAUUAAUCAUGGUGCAAUUCUAAUGGUGUCAAAUGUGUUGGAAGUAACUACUUGACUUUGUUCCAUGAUAAUAGCAUGUACGGUUGCACCUGACUCACAUCCAUUUUCUUUACAAAGGCUCUCUCACUCACAAAGACACACAUGCUUUUACCAACUAACCACCAACUGGUCACAAAUGAGCACUUUAAUGCUUUAAAAGUAAAAUAAUUGAGGAUUAUUUGUGCUUAUGAUCAGUAUUAUGAAUCAACACAAUGUAAAUAUAAAUAGUGCUUGUUUUGAUAUUCUUGGUAAGUUUCGUAACAGUUUUGUAACGAUCAUUAAGACAUGUACCUAAAUAAUUAUUGCUGUUCAUCAAUGUCCAGUAGUUUCUGAGGUUAAGUUUGGUGUUUUCUUUCAAAAUCAUGGCUAUUAAAAUAUUUGCCUUUCUUUA